UGGAUAACAAAUUAAUUUCCGACAUAAAACAUUUCUAAACAAACAUUUAUUAAAAUGGCUUUUAAAUUUGUUGUCUUAUCUGCUCUUUUGGCUGUUGCUAGCGCUGGUUAUUUGGCUCCUGUUCCAACCCACUAUGCUGCUGCUCCCGCUGUAAUUACAAAAAUUGCUAAUCCAGCUGUGGAUGCUGUUGCUUCUACUCAACAAAAUGUUGUACGUUCCUUCGGUGGUACUGUAUCCCAAUACUCGAAAUCGGUUCAUACUCCUUAUUCCAGUGUCCAUAAGGAAGAUACCCGUGUAAAUAACAAUGUUUAUACCCCAGCUGUUGCUAAGACUGUUACUUAUGCUGCUCCCGUUCUUGCCAAGACUGUAGCUUAUGCUCCCGCUCCUACUGCUGUCUACACUCAUCAGGAACCAGCUCAAACCGUUUAUGCUUCAUCUGCUCCUCAUACAGUUUAUACUCACGAACAACCUGCUCAUGCUGUUCAUGCUUCUCCUGCUCCCACUGCUGCUGUCUACACUCACCAACAUGAAGUUCCUUCCACAGCCACUACUACCUACAAUCAUGGACCUGCUGCCACCACUUACACUCACAAUUCUCCUUCCGUUUCUGCUUAUGGUUCAAGCCAAACUGUUCAUUACUCUCCAGCUGAAAUGGUCUCUCAUAUGAGUUUUGAUGGUUUCGGAACCCACUGGGGUUUUUAAAUUAUUAAAAAAAUAAUAAUUUGUUAUUGUUGUAAUUGUAGUAUUAUAAUUUUGUAUUUUUAAUUUUCAUUUGAAAAUUUUUAGAACGAUUAAUAA